AAAUGAACAAGGAAAUUACAAGCAAACUGGUGGCAUUGUAAUUAGAUUUAAUUUGUAGACAACUAAAAUUCAUUCAAAAUAUACAAAAAUGAAUGAUGAACAUGAAGAUUCUUUUGAAUUGGCUCUGGCCACAAUGGAUUUACCAACAGCUGCAAAAGUACCAAGGAAAAGUUUGGAGUCUUCAAAUACAAUUUUACACAAUGCAUCAUGUUCAAAUACAGCUGUCAAAUCACAGGAAGAUAGUGCUAAGAAUCCAGAGUUAAAGUCAAAAAAUAGCGCUGCUAAUCCACAUUGUAUCUUAGUUCACCCAAAGCAGAGAGGCAAUCCAAUUUUGAAAUCCGUAUUAAAUGCACCUUUGGAAUUUCGAGAUGACAUCAUACCGGACUAUGUUGUUGGAAGAACUACGUGUAUUUUAUAUUUAUCAUUAAAAUACCACAAUUUGAAUCCAGAUUAUAUAUGCCAACGUUUGAAAGAAUUGGGGAAACAAUAUGAAUUAAGGGUGUUAUUGGUUCAGGUGGAUACUCCGGAGCCACAUAAUGCUCUGAAAAGUCUCACUAGAAUAAGUUUGCUGGCAGAUUUGACCUUAAUGUUGGCGUGGAAUGCAGAGGAGGCUGGUAAAAUAAUUGAAACCUAUAAACUAUUUGAGAAACGAGGACCAGAUUUGAUAAUGGAAAGGGUAGAAUCUAAUCCACAUCAAAAGUUGGUAUCCGCAUUAACAAAUAUAAAACCGGUAAAUAAAACAGAUGCUGUAACACUGUUACAGAACUUUGGCAACUUAGAGAACCUCGUCAAUGCAAGUGAAGAUCGUUUAUCUCAGGUUAUUGGUUUGGGACCCCGUAAAGCCAAAAAACUUUAUACAACAUUACAAGAACCUUUUGUAGGAAAAUGAUAUCAGUUUUUUUCUUACUAAAUCUUUAUUUUGUAAAAAAUUAUUAUUUAUGUAUAUAAAUUUUUCAAAUCAUCAAAAAUAAAAUUGUUUCUAUUCGGUA